CACUCGUGCAUUAGGUGCCCCAGUCUGCAUCAAGAACCUGUCAGUGAACAAAACACUCGCGUAUAGCGUCUGUACCUUUCUACUACAACUUGGAUCGUAUAUUUCAUGUAAAGGAUAUUGUAAACAUUCCACGAGCCAGAAUAUCUGGAAGAAAAUAUAAAACCCUUGCGCUGAGCUGAGUCGACAAGGUAAGUACCUUUCUCCGUAUGUUUGUAGAUAGGGCCCAAUCCUGGUUUAGCAGGAGGGAUCGUCCAAUUCAAGAAUUCUAUGUAGUUGAUCUGUUCAUAAUAUUCAUCAAGGUAUGCCACAUCUUUUGAAGGAUUGAUAAAACAGGUGACUAUCACCUCUUCAAGGUGUCAAACCUAAGACUAGACUGAAAGGCCUCAAACCCGGGAUGUAGUGUAUAUAGUUGGGGGAGGGGGGCACACAAAAUUUCCAUCGGUAUAGUAUUAGUCUCUCCCCAUCACAACCCCCAUAGCCUGUUUGAAUCACCAGCUAGUGGCAUUUUACUGGGACUAGAAUAACUGAACCCGAGAGGCGUAAAAUUGUUGCUUAAUGAGAGUAUAAGUAGCACAAGUAGUACGCCCCCGGGUUGAAAUGGUAUGAGCCAAUCCGGGGUCAGCAUUGAACUACCACAGCCUUUGUUCUAGAAUAGACACAACUUCCCACACUAUUUCGCGUCCUGCCUCCUUGUUGGAUCUGUUAAGUUGAUCUACACUGGUGGCAGCGGUGGGAUAGUACGAUAGUCUCUGCCGCAUAGUAUGCCAUAUCUGUAAACUUUCCCAGGUUUGUUGCAGAGUUCUUUUCUCUGGGUCCACGUCUCUUCUACGCAGUGCAACAGUGAACGCGACAACACCAUGAGUCAAGAUCGUGCUUCGACCUUUUACUUCAAGGGAGUUCGGUUCGACAAUUCGUCCAACCUAACUAUGGAACUGGUGGAAUCAUUUGAAGUAAGGGACGAUGACGUCUUCAUCUCAGCCUACCCUAAAUCGGGAACAACAUGGACACAACAGGUCGUUUCUCUGGUGUGUGCUGAGGGCGACAUCAGCGAAGUUAGCAAAGUCCCUGUACAAGUACGUACGCCCUGGCUCGAGACACUGGAUUGGACAGAUGUAGCUGUAGGUGAAGGAGUGCUCAUGCCGAUACUACUGAAGAGCGCCCCCUCUCCGCGACUGAUGCAAACGCACCUGCCCUACCGCCUGUUACCCCAGCAAGCCAGGGACGGGAAAGGAAAGAUAAUCUACUGUGCUCGGAACGUCAAAGAUGUGGUCGUUUCGUGGCACAACAUGAGAAGGAUGGUGCAACAUAUGCCCUGCGGAACCUGGGAGGAGAACUUCCAGGACUUUAUUACUCCGGACCUAGCUUUUUACGGUUUCUGGUGGGACGUCAUUCCGGAGUACUGGCGACACAAGGAUGACGGCAACAUGCUCUUUAUCAAGUUUGAAGACCUCAAGCGGGACCUGCGAGGUCACGUGGUGAAGAUCGCAAACUUCCUGGGCAAGACUCUGUCAGAGCAGCGGAUAGACGAAGUGGUGGCGAACUGUACCUUCUCCGCUAUGAAGGAGAACCCGGCUACAAAUUAUUCCCGUAACCCAAAGCUGCAAAAUCUUUUCGGCAAGGCUGAAGAAAGUGGGCUUGAGUUCAUGCGUAAAGGAGAGGUUGGUGAUUGGAAGAACUGGUUCAGCGCGGAGGAGAACAAAAUUCUGGAGACGAUCCACAGGGAGAAAAUGGCGGGAACAGAUCUGACCUUCCAGUAUGAGUAGUGUCUGUUCAUCACUAGGGACCCAAAAUGAAACAUGCAUUCUGUUCUAAUAACGCCAGAUCUAACAUGGUGGGGCGUGAUGAGGGUUUUAGUAGUGUCACGUUCGGGCCAUAUUCGAUUUUCAUGACAAUGAACUUUAUUGCAUAUUCACGCCCUACAUGGGAUAACUGAGGUAUAGGAAUUGGAGAAACAAGUGCUACAUUACUGUGCUGCGUCUAUAUCUACAAGAUCUCCUAUCUCUUAGCUUUUGAAACGAGACUGAACAAAUUUACAUAGUUUUCCAUAUAAGAGUACAUCGUAGUCCCUUAAUGACAUCAUAUGUUUGAACGAUUCCCUUUUCGGUAAGUGCGUAUAUUUCUGUUCUUACUGAAAGGAAAUUUAAAAAAAAAACAUAUUUGAUAAUCUUUAAGCAGAUAUUUUGGUAGCUACAAGACAGUAUAAAACUGGUAAGGCAGUAUCAAAGUAUCUUUUAACUGCCGGUGGAGUUAACAAUGUGGUCGCAAGGUGACCCUUCAUCGGGUCCAGACAAGUGUAUGUACACGAAUACCAUAUGGGAGGGGGAAGACAUGCUCUAGGACCUCAGAGAUGCUACUAUAGUUCCCUUUUAUAAAAACAAAGGCAGCAAAGCAGAUUGUGGAAACUACCGAGGUAUUUCCCUGCUGUCAAUCGCGGUAAAACUGCUAGCACGCAUUAUACAGCAAAGAAUCUGCCAAUUUUGUAAUCUAGAUUGAAGAUGAAUGCCAUUUUGUAGUU